GCUCCAUGGAUGUUAUAUUGUGAAGGAUUGCAUCAACAUCGAUCUGCUACACUCCAAAGGAGCAGCUUCCCAGAAGAUUUCGCCUUCGGAACAGCGUCAUCGGCAUAUCAGUACGAAGGCGCAGCGAGAGAAUAUGGCAAAGGGCCUAGCAUAUGGGAUACUUUCACUCACCGAUACCCAGAAAAAAUUGCAGACAGAAGCAACGGGGACGUGGCGGUAGAUUCCUACCAUCAUUACAAUGUAUCACUACACACAACCUGCAUUCCUACCCUUAACGAAGAUGUAGCAAUCAUGAAAGAAAUGGGUUUAAAUGCUUACCGGUUUUCCAUCUCUUGGCCAAGAAUUCUGCCCAACGGAAGCCUAAGCGGAGGUGUUAACAAAAAAGGCAUCAAGUAUUACAACAACCUCAUCAAAGAGCUCGUUUCAAAUGGUCUGCAGCCCUUUGUCACCCUCUUCCACUGGGACUCUCCCCAAGGUUUAGAAGACCAGUAUGGAAGCUUCUUAAGUCACCGUAUAGUGGAUGAUUUCCGUGACUACGCCGAAGUUUGUUUCCGAGAGUUCGGUGACAAUGUAAAGCAUUGGAUCACUUUCAACGAGCCCUGGAGUCUCAGCGUGGGAGGUUAUGCAGUAGGUAUAUUAGCUCCAGGUAGGUGUUCGCAUUCUGAGGGAUUGAAUUGCACUGGAGGAGACUCGGGCCGAGAGCCUUAUAUUGUGGCUCAUAACCAGCUUCUGGCUCACGCAGCAGCAGUAGCAGUAUAUAGAGAGAAGUACCAGGCAUUUCAAAAGGGUAAGAUAGCUAUAACCUUAGUAACCAAUUGGUUUAUUCCCUACUCUGACUCCAAGCAUGACAAGGAUUCCGCUAAGCGUGCUCUGGACUUCAUGCUUGGAUGGUUUAUGGACCCCUUGACCAAGGGAGAAUAUCCCAUUACCAUGCAAACGAUGGUUGGAGACCGGUUACCAAAAUUUACAAAGCAGCAAUCCAAAAUGGUGAAAGGAUCAUUUGAUUUCAUCGGACUCAACUAUUAUACUUCAAGAUUUGCUCGCGAUUUUUCAAUUCCAAAUAGAGUCCACGAAAGCUACAACACAGAUUCGCUAACUAAUCAAACAGUGGAGAGAAAUGGGAAACCUAUUGGUCCAAAGGCUGCUUCAAACUGGCUCUACAUCUACCCAAAAGGAAUAAGAGAUCUCUUAGUCUACACAAAGAGGACGUACAACAAUCCUACUAUCUAUAUCACAGAGAACGGAGUUGAUGAGAUAAACAAUGGAACCUUGCCACUCAAAGAGGCUUUGGAGGACAACUUUAGAAUAAAAUUCCACCAGCAACAUCUGCUGUAUGUUCAGAGAGCUAUACGGGAAAAGGUUGACGUCCGAGGAUAUUUCGCUUGGUCGCUAUUGGAUAACUUUGAAUGGAUGGAUGGUUACACAGUCCGAUUCGGCAUUAACUACGUCGACUACAAAGAUGGUCGUAAAAGAUACCCCAAGAGCUCUUCUCUGUGGUUUCGCAGCUUCCUAAAAGGACAGUCGUGACCAAAUGAAAGAGCAGCUUCACUAUUACUAUCCUUGCUAUUACUUUGCCUACCUCAAAGAGAAAACAAGUUGUAACAUACUAUUAUGUGUGUAACCUUACAGAUGACGAAUUCAAGGCCUUUACACUUUAAAAAUUUUAUCAUUCACCAUGUUAGUGUUUUACUAGUUUUUUUUUUUUUCUUGGAUUGAACUGGUUAAAAACUAAGAUUAUGUGUGUAAUCGAGUUGUAAGAACUACUCCCUACAUGCUGGUUGGUAGCCAUUUUAUAGUUGUUUUCACUAAAAUCGAUUGAGAACUAAAGGAUUUUUCAA